AUGAUGACUUCUACCAAUAACGAUUGCACUAAUGACAGCGUCUUGAACAUUGUCAUUAGCAGGUUGCGUCACCCGCAUUCAUCAGCUGCCUUCACCUUCACCUCCUUAUCUAGCGUAUUAUCGCAUCUUUCCCGAGCCAGCAGCGCCGGCAUCUCCCUUGCCUAUGUCUUGCUCAACCUCAUGCAGGCCACGGAGCACUUCGCCCUCGGCUUCUAUCUCUUCAUCGAGCACGAAUACGAUAGCGGUGACUUUGCCCCACUUGCGCUUGUCUGCGUCUACUUUCUCGGCUUAUUCAUCGCCUGCAUCGUCUUGCCGCCGCAUGGUCGCCGGUUCGAUGUCAUGACUGCAGUCAGUGCCUACGUGGGUUGGGUACUAAUCGCCUUCUUGCCCAUCUGGGACUACAUGAGCUCGCCGCCACCCUAUCGCAGGUCUUUCUUCGCCAUAUCUAGCAUCCUCCAUGGCAUUCUUAUCCCACUGGGUACCAUCUUCGGCAUCGCCUCCCUAUUCCCUCAGGCCCGACUGCUCCGCUCGCGAACGGACCCGGGCGCAGUGAGCGUCCUAGCCCUGGUCUUCCAGACUGCCAUCUUCGCACUAAACGCCGGAUACUGGCCCCUCCGCGUCACGUUCAACUGGCAAGGCUGGUCACACAGAUACCACGGAUUGCACUUGGUGUUGCUGUGGUACAUAAUCACCGGCUGGGUGACCUUUGACACGGGCGUGUUCGCCAUCGUACAGGGGAGCUUGCUGGCCAUCGUGAAAUGGCAGGCGAGCGGCGCCACAAGCGCCGAGACCGAGCCGCUACUGGUCAGGUAGCCCCCGCGGUCGAUGAGGAGGGCAUGCAUGAGUUACAGGACUGUUCGGUAGUGCUAAACGAGGAGCUGGCUGUACCUGCUACGGCUAGGUUGAGGCAAGAUAACUUGAAACAGAAUAGCCAGCCUCAAGGGUCCUGUUAUUAUAGCCUAGUAAGCUAUUGGCUAUGUGGGAAACCGAUUGAUUAGUGGAUCAAGCAAGGACAGGCGUCUGAUUGAAAGAAUCUCCGCUAAGAGGCAAACCUUGACACAAGGAUACUCCUUAAUUUCAAGCACAUUGAUAAUCAUAUAUCUUCCCUAGCUGCUGAACUUGGCCG